AAUUUUAGUUUACUAAAUUGUCAAAAUAAAAACUUCGUAUGGUGGUGUUUGGCCAAAAUUAGUGUUGUGAAAAAGGAAGUAAAAUAGUACUUAUUGAGUAGGCAUUAAUUGUUGAGGGGGGGGUAGGAUUGUAGAAGAAGAAAAUGGAGAAUUUGGGGAUAUUGAGAGAGUGGUUCGAUCGGGUUGAUACGGACAAAAUCGGGAGUAUCACUGCAAUUCAACUCAAGAAUGCUUUUGCUAUUGGAAAUUUACAAUUUCCCAUCACUGUUGUCCAGCAAAUGAUCAGGAUGUGCGAUUUUGACCACAAUGGAACCAUGAGCUUUCAAGAGUUUGUUCAACUUAACAAGUUUCUGCUCAAGGUGCAACAUGUGUUCUCAGACUUGGAGAGGGGUCGUGGAUACCUUGUUCCAGAUGCUGUUCACGAGGCCUUGAUAAAAAUUGGAUUCCGUCUUGACUCUCCAGCAUUGUACACUGUCUGCGAGAGUUUUGAUAGGGAUAAGAAUGGUAAAUUCAGGCUUGAUGACUUCAUAUCACUUUGUAUCUUUGUACAGUCUGCACGGAACCUUUUUGAUUCAUUUGACACAGCCAAGCAAGGCCGGGUGACUCUUGAUCUUAACCAAUUUAUCUACUGCACUGCCAAUUGUCGAAUCUGAGGUCAUUGUCUCAAAUAUCCAGUCUCCAAUUGCUGUGUCCGUCUGACUGCUAUUGAUAUUGAGUAAGAUGUUUUGUACGAUUUGAAAAGAGGCGUAUGGUUAGAGCACUAAGCAGUCAUUUGGUUCUGUGUACAAGAAGUGUUAUUUAUCAGAUGUUGCUAUGUAUGAAAGGUGCAUGUAUUAUUAUUAUAGGUGAAUAAUCAUCAAUGCAUAUUGUAUUUGUUUAGACAUCCAGUUCGUCAUCUUAAAUAAAAUAUUGAUAUUAUAUCUA